AUGAAGCAAAAAGAAAUCAACCACAAACAAAACAUUAUGCCAAACAAAAAGGAAAUUAACAAAUUAAAAGAUUUUUCAACUAACUACAAUCCGACUCAAACGAAUGCAAUAACAGAGAAACAAGGUAAAAAAUCUACUGAGAUAGCUAUAUUGGCUAACCCAUUACAAUCAGAACGAAAGGAAGAUGCUUUAGCACUAUUAGGCCACAAUUAG